AUGAGCGACUUGCACGACUUCUUUAGCUAUACUUCGGGUCGAUGGGUCUAUAACGAAUCACUCCGCCUUUCCGAACGAUAUGUGCCUUUCGAUAUCCCCAAGUUAAAAAGUGUUGCAGCUGCAUCCAUCGACCGUUCAGAGUCGGAUAUCUCAUCUUUCCGGAAACUUGCCGAGGGGGGAUUCAACCGGACAUUCGAGAUCGUAAUGCGAGAUGGAGUCCAGCUUGUGGCUCGUAUUCCAUACUCAAUAACCGAACCGAAGCACUUUGCCAUUGCAAGCGAGGUGGCAACGUUGGAUUUUGUGAGAUUGCAAGGUAUACCAGUACCCCGUGUCCUGGCAUAUUCAGCCGACGAUAAAAACCCCGUUGGGACUGAGUAUAUUAUAAUGGAAAAGGCUGUUGGAAAUGAGCUUUACUGGCAACACUGUUCAGUACUUCCCCUGUUCCUCCAUGCAGGGCCGCCAAAAUAUUUCCAAAAUUAUGGUGACGCUGAGUCGGAAAAUCUUAUUAAACCGCAGCUUCCUGCAAAUUUUGAUGACUUGGAUGAAAAUGAAAAAAUGGCUGCCAAUGAGGCUUUUCGAAAACGUCAUCUCCACUACUAUUAUUUCGCAGCGACGGCCAAGUUCAACAAAGACCAUUUUGAUGCAUGCACUGAUGAUGGAGUAAUCCUCAAACAAAAGCCAUUCCAGCACGCCGGAGAUCCUUGGGAAGGGGAUAGUGUCACACUAAGGGCUGAUCUUAUACGAGCCAGUCAACGCUGGCAGCAAAUUGCUAACGACACCUCAUCCUGUUGCCCGCUUAGUUACACCACAGCGGAGAUCGAUGAGUGUCUCGGUCUGGAAGUCGAGCAAAAACUGGCUGACGAAGAUAUGGAGAAAUCUCGAAAUUGCCUCGGCGUGUCCAUUGAUGGGUGGGUGACUCAUGAAAGAUAUGAUGUUGCCAAAGAGCUGAGUGAAAGCUUCAAAGCUGAAGCAAUAGCUCUGGCAGACUCUGAAAAAACUGUAGAACAAAUCCGGAAACAUUGGCCUUUUGAUGAUCAUGAUGAGAAUGAGUAA